GUCCUGUUGUUUCUUCUGUGCUUUAUUUCCCCCUCUGUCCUUUACCCCUUUCAAAAAACUCGCUCGCCCCGUCGUCCUCCCUCUCCUCCGCUCCAAAAGCAACCAGAAGCUAUUCGCGUUUAGGCUACAGACGGAGUUUUUGAGAACUGGGAAGAAUUUGACAAACUUUGUUGAUCCCAACGUAGCCUAAUCGGACCGCAGCGCUUCGCUGCCAGUCGUUAUAGAGACAUCGAUUAGUUUACUGUGUAUGUCGACUUCAAUUUAAAUAAAUUACAGUUGGUCUUUUCAUGGAAUAUGAAGAACAACGUCAGGAGGAUGAGAUCUUGACCGAAUCAUGUAUAGAUCUUUCUUUUUUCUUUUAUCAAACUUGUCUGUCUUGUUUAAAGCGCGGUUAGGACGGAGCUGUUUUUGCAUAUUUAUUUUUUCUUCCCAUCGUUUUUUUAAAUGAUUGUUGUUUAAUUCAAACGGACAUGGCCAACUGAUAGAAUAAACAUUUUUUGUGACGUGGAAGUUAAUUUGAAUUGAAUAUGAAAACGUAACUUUUUCAUUUAAACCAAUAUUGAGAGUUUUACCACUUCGCCAACUCUCUCGGAUCAUUAGUCUAUAACCAAUGUGGUGUCAACUGGAAGGACGCGUGGUCCGGAUCUCACCUAAAGGUUGAUACGUGUUGGGAGUGAUGCACUGGCUUCCCCUGGUUGCCAUGGUGAUCGCCUCGGCCCUGCCCUUCCCUCACAGCCCUGUGACCAUUACUGUUGCUGCGAUGACGGAGCCCGGCAGUAGCCUGGACAACCACACAGAGGACAUCGAUGACUCUUCCAGUCGCUCCCCCGGAUCUUACUCCACACUUCCAGCUCCUCAGGCCUCUGUGGACUACAACUCCCACAGUAAUGCCUCACUCAAGGACUACAAUUUGACUGCUGAUUCUGGAAGAGCAGACCGUACAAAACACCUCAGCGUGAUGGGUGUCAAGAAAGACUACAAUAACCUCUCCAUAAUUAAAGAGGAGGUGCAAACUUUGAAAGGGAAGCGAAAACAACAAAGUUAUCUGUCAAAAAGCAAUUUACAUACAGAAAACCCGAACAGCGUUGGUUUAAAUAAAUAUUCUAACACUGAUGGAGGAAAACUCAGGAGCACCAAUGGCAGCAGUCAUCAGGACUACCCCUCCCAGGAGAACUAUGUACAAGGGGACUAUAAACCAGACAGCAGCAGAGCUGGUGAUGACAGCAGCUUUAGAGACAUGGCUCAGAAGGAAAACCAUCAUCACUCUCUAGACCCCAGGACCGAUGAACAGGAUCUCAGACCUCCCAACAUGUAUGUGGUGGAAACGUACAAACCUUCCACUAAUGCUGGACACCACAGUAAAACUGGGCCAGAUCCCUCCAGUCAGAGGACCCCGCAGAGAGCAGAGGCUAGGACAGAGAGCAGUGAUAACAGGGGAGAGGAGGGGAGGGAGGGUGGGCCUGGGGCAGGGGCUGGGAAAGGUCCGGAUCUGUCAGAGGAAGGAAUGGAAGUAGGACUAGGGUUAGGGCUGGGUCAGGGGCUGGGAGGUGUAAAGGAGAAGCAAGAGCUGCUGUUUUUAGAUGCACACCCGCGGGUCCUUUUCUCUGCCUCUCCUCCAGAGCACCCGCCCCUCCUCCUCAUGCUGGAGUCAGGCAUGUUGCCCAUAGAAGGAGAGGACAAGGAGGACAAGGAGGAGGAGGAGGAAGUGUCGGACGCAGACGGACACAUGGAGGGUCAUGGGGACAGAGAGACGGACAGGAGUGUGCCGCUGAGCUGGGUGGACACUCUCAGGGGGGCCAGGGAGCCCCCUCGCCCCGCCCCCAGGCACAAGCGCUCACACUUGUCCCACACCAGGCGGGGUGAGAUGCCGGUGUGCGAGUCGGAGAGCGUGUGGGUAACGGACAAGACGACGGUCAUCGACGAUAAGGGUAAGACAGUCAACAUCGUGCCAGAGAUCAAGACAGUCAAGGGGGCGCUUAAGCAGUACUUCUAUGAGACUCGCUGCCGCCAGGAGGGGCAGCAGAGGGGCGGUGGGCCGCAGCGGGAGGCAGUGACAGGGGCCAUAGGUGUGUCCGGGGCCAGCUGCCGGGGCGUGGACAUCAGGCAGUGGGUGAGUCAGUGUAAGGCCAAGGACACAUAUGUCCGAGCCCUCACUGUUGACAACAGCGGUCUGCAGGGCUGGAGGUGGGUCCGCAUCAACUCGUCCUGCGUGUGUGUCCUACUGUCCAGAGUAACCAGGAAAAACAGAGGAAGGGAGUGAGGGCAGGAGAUGGAGGAAAGGUGGAGAGGAUAAUGUGGAAGAAAUGUUAACACAGAUAAUGCUUGGGACAUUGGAUGUAAUGUCAAUGAGACAGUAGGUGUUACUUUAUAGGCCAGGGUACCUCUUAUCCAGAGCGACUUACAUUAGUGCAUUCUUCUUAUGAUAGCUGCACUCUUACAAUAAAAGGGUUCCAAAAGGGUUCUUCGGCUGUCCCCAUAGGAGAACCCUUUUUGGUUCUAGGUAGAACCCUUUUUGAGGUUCUAUGUAGAACCCUCUGUGGAAAGGGUUCUACAUGGAACUCAAAAGGGUUCUACCUGGAACCAAAAUGGGUUCUUCAAAGGGGACAGCCAAAGAACCCUUAGGUUCUAGAUAGCCAAAGAACCCUUAGGUUCUAGAUAGCACUUUUUUAAAAGAGUGUAGGCGAGACAACCCCUCCACCCAUCACGGGCUCAGUGAGAGUGACUACACAAAAACAAUAAAACCUCAACACUACAACUUAGGGAAAACUAUCAUAUCAAAAUAGUGAUUUUAGAAAAGUACUGUUUGUUUCAUAAUUGUUUUGAUAUCAUACAUGAUAUUGCUGAGUAAUACUGUAUGUAAGCAUGAGCUUUAAAUUAAUAUAUUUCUUUAUAUAUGUGUACAAUAUGUGAACAGUAUGCUUUUAUGUAUGAAAGUAUGUAUAUUUAUAGAGAAAGGUAUGUGGAAUGAUAAGUUUGUUGUUGUUACAUGAUUCCAGCCUCUGGUGUCUGGCCUCUGCUCUGAAUGGGAGAGGAAGGGACUGGCAGCACCUAGUGAUUUAGCCUGAUACUGCUCAACACUCCAUACUGAGCACUGACCAUCCCCAGUCCUCCUUUGUGAAGUCUCACAGAGAACAUUAUCACUGAGUGCUUUAAUAGUAAGAUGGAGAGGAGAAUUGAGCCAUGUAUACUGUGAGCACAAUGCUGGGUGUCAUCAUGAUGCCCAUACUGUUGUCAUGAGAGCAACAGUCCAUUUACAAUGUAGCCAAUCAUAUGUGAUCAGAACAUUUGAGUGACCAAUAGAAACCAUGCAGCAGUGUGACAACCACAGAAGCAUUUUAUCUCUAUCUCUCCCUGUAGUUAGAUCAUUAGAUGAUUGAAGAAUUCCAUUCGCCGCAGUUUGAACUCUGCACUCUAUAGUAUAUGCAGUACAACAUAUUUAUACAUCUGGCUUUUUGUAAUACAUGUAUGUAUAUUGUAAAGGCCUGUUUCUUAUUCCAUAAGUAAAAGAUAAACUAUUA